UAGAUCCCGUAUCUGAGUCCCCAGCAAAAUCACUUGCUGUGUGGUCGUAACAGGCCCCCGCUGGGAAAGUCCUGUUACUUUCUAGGGAUCGAGAUCCUUUUAACUACUCAAUCGGGUAGAUAGAUCGGUCCGAGGAACUGCUGAUUAGCGCAGCAGCCGGCGACGCGAAUCUCCGCAGGCACUAAAGCUGUCCCUCUUGGCUUCAGCAAAGUGGGGGGGGGGCAUGCCGAAGAUUUCUUUCGGCAGCCAAUCGGGGCGGUUCGUUCCUUUUUGACGUCACAAUCCCUAGAACCUGCAGCGGCGACAACAAUAACAAUACCAGGCGGGAUCGUUCCCUGGAAUCGAGAAGCGAGGGGUGCGUGACCGGGGCGGGCAGCAAAAACAGGCCGUCGCGGGGACGGCAGUAGCAGUUGCUACUGUCAGCAGAGUCGGAGAGGAGCAACCCAGAGAGCAACUCAGGAGGGACCCAGAAAUAGAAACGCCUCUUUCCCAGCAGCGAUGGCCUCGAGCGAGCCUUCAGGGCUGCAAGAAGGGAAUUUGCAGGGUUCCUGGGUGGAACUGCACUUUAGCAGCAAUGGGAACGGUAACAGUGGCCAGCCAGCCAGCCAGGAACAAGUUCCUGCUUCAGUUUCUAUUUAUAAUGGUGACAUGGAGAAAAUCCUUCUAGAUGCCCAGCAUGAGUCUGGAAGAAGUAGCUCACGAGAGAGCUCACACUGCGACAGCCCACCACGUUCCCAAACACCUCAGGAUGUUCACAGAACUUCGGAAACGGAGAGUCGUGCCAGCGGAGAAAAGAACAGCUCUCAGUCUGAAGAAGAUUUUCUGGAAAGAAGGAAAGAAGUUGAACAGCUUCUGAAGAAAAAUUCAGAUUGGAUGUGGGACUGGUCCAGCAGGCCUGAGAAUAUCCCACCCAAGGAAUUUCUCUUUAAACACCCUAAGCGCACAGCUACCCUCAGUAUGAGAAACACAAGUGUGAUGAAGAAGGGAGGCAUAUUUUCUGCAGAAUUCUUGAAGAUUUUCUUACCAUCUCUCCUGCUUUCCCAUCUGCUUGCCAUUGGAUUAGGGAUUUACAUUGGGAAACGGCUGACAAUCACAGCUUCCAGCAGCUCAUUGUAAGAGGAAAUGAGUUUGUCUCUUUUGCAAAUCAUGACAACAUUCAUCCAGGCAUAUACAAUGGUGGACAGAAGGAACUCCCAAAUGUAUAAUCAUAAUAAGGCGAUGUAUGUUUUAUUGUGUAAAUGGCUGUUGCAAAAGGAAAGGAAGAAAAGCCAACUACCAGGCUGCUUCUAUGCAUAAAUUCCUAUUUGCAGUUUAAUAUAAUGUAGCUUAGAUCAGAAGUGGGGAACCAGAACUACAACUUCCAGCAAGCUCCAGCUUUGUGGCCAGUAAUAAAGGAUAUUGGGAGAUGUUGUUCAGCAUGUGCAGUGGCCCACAUUUCAUUACCCCUGGUUGAAGAUUUUUCUUUCUGGUUGUUAUUUCAAGAAUGAACAGUGUGGCAAAAAGCUAAACAAAACAAAAACAUUCACUGUGGACACAUGGGAAAGGAUUAAUGUGCAGUUUUGUUUUUGUGCAGUUGUGAAAAGACUAGUAGAGGGUUGCCCUUGACAUGACUGUGAUGUCAAAAAAGGAGAGACAUUGGUCAACGAAAAUAGAAUGGCCUUACAUUUCUUAAGAUUGCAGUUUUGGUACUUGAGAUGAAAUGAAUUAGUGGGAUACUUUAAAAUGUAAUCAUGAGUCAAUGCAGGGUUUUUUGGUGUGUGCGUGUGUGUGUUAAUGUGAAACCUUUUCUUCUGUUUUCAGUGAAUGUUUAUAUGCAACUGUUGAGAAGAGGUUUUAGUAGUAAAUGAUCUGAUUUUUCCCAAAGUCAGCCAAAACUUGUGUGGUCAGGAAACUUUGAAGAAGGCAAGCCCCAAGGAAUUCUUCCAAGAAGCCCAUUGAGGGAAGAUAGCCCUGGCCAUCCUCUUCUUCCCUCUUGACUGAUAAACAGAAAUCUCUUGCCUCUGAAUGCAAAGUGUUGCUUAAUGGCCUAAAUCAUCACCAGCGAAUCAUAGCGGGGUAGCUGGACCUGCCUUUUUAGUCACAAAUGCUGUAGCUGUUAGCAACUAGUCUGGCUGUGUGAAUACAUAGGAAUUUACUCACUGGGUGAAUGAUGGCACUUCCAGAAGAGGCACCAAGUUGUCAAGUGCUCCUUUGCGGUCUACUGUUUCCAUGUUGACUCGCUUCUUUCCUUCUGCUGUAGAUGCACAAGGAGUUGGGAAUGGAGAGAAGCAUGGCUUUUUCUCCACAGCACACUGCUGUUUUUAUUCUAGAUAAUGCAGCAGGCCAGAUCCCCGCGAUACAAAAUGGAAACACAGUGAGCAUAAUGGCAAAGGACAGGUGACUGAUGCUGUCUACUCAUUCUUUCCACAUGCUCAACAUUGAGCCAAAGUGUCUGUCAGAAAAGUUAAGCAAGGUUAGUUUCUUGCUUGAAAAAGAUCUUACACUUCUGUAUUAUUCUUAAGGAGGGUUUGCAAAGGAUGAGUGGUGUGGUCCAUACAGGCUUCCUUACCCCUUGCAGGCUACAAAGGUUGGGGGCUAAAUGUACAAGGCCUAUACUGGUUUCUAAUGCAUGUUUCAAUGAGCCCCCCCAAAGAAAAUGAAAUUUUAUGGGAGGAUACAGUUGUGCUGAAAGCUAUGAGCAAAGACCACAAUUGAACCUGCAAGUUCAGUACUGAAUUGACAUUGUUUUAAACCCUCUCAUUAUGCAUUUUAGCUGCCUGGGGGCUAGCCUAAUAAGACUUGAGAUUUACUUGUAAGUAAAUGAAAAGAACGCAUUGUAGCAUCUGUUACUCUUAUUUAAAGGUUUCAUUGUUCAUUGAUUACAAUAAAGGAUGAGAUUUGUUCAGGAUUUAACAUGAUGUAUGAAUCACACAGUACUUAUUCAAUAAACUGUCAUUUUAAAAAAUCUGGCUUAGCUUUAUGUGUGAAAGCAGCCUCUGGGUUACAACAUGCAUAGCAUUGCAGAACGGCUGGCUUGAUUAAGCACUUCCAUAGCUACGCUUUCCGGAGUCUUCUCUGCUUAAUUUAAACCUUCCUGUGGAAGAUGUGGGAAGGAUAGAAUAUCAAUCUUCUCUACCUACUUGAUAGAAGCUAUAGAGGAAGCCCAUUGGGCAGAGGCAUCCACAACAGGGGUCAAAGAAGUCAAGAUGGCAGCCACAUCCAUGAAAACAAAGUCCCGCCCCUUUUUUGUGUGUAUUGGGUAAAGAAAAAGUAGGGUUUCAAUCAUGCAGUGGCAGCUGUUUUUUUUUUUUUUUUUGGAGCCCCCCAUCAGAUGCUUCUGCCAUUAUGGACUCCCUGAUUAAGUUUGUUUUACUCUUUUUGGGGUGGGGGGAUGAAAUCCCUGGAAGAGGCAUGGUUGACAUACAUAUUUCAUAGAACAUUGAAAUAUUUCAUGAAACCCUGCUAAGAUGACCUGCUUACAGUACUAGAAGUUUAAUUAGAUAAAAAUAUUUGAUAAUAGAUUGACUUAAGCUACUCUUGGAUUAGGAAUAGUGGCUCAGGAUCACCUGGCAUCUACCUAUACUAAGUAUUGUGCUUCUGUACUAUCAGUGUAAAAAAAUGUUUUUCACACUGAUUUUGAUCUUACCAUUUGCAACAUACGACUUACUUUAUGCUUGAGUUAAAAAUGGAAUUGAUAGCUGUUACUGUGCAUCAUGGCACCCCAGAUCAUCAUAUUCACAAGCUUGCAUCAUUUGAAGUAAUACUGUUUGAUCAACUAAGCAGUUUGGCUUUAUUUUACUGCUAACAUAGUCACUAUAUAUUUAUACAGGCGUGGGCACCACAGGUUAUGUAAGGAGAUUGUCCUGAACAGAUUCCUUAUCCACUGCAGUGGAAAAAGCAGACACACAGGCUCAAAUGGUUGGGAGAUGUGUAAAUGGGUUGAGAUUUACUGGCACUCAGAGACCAGGAUGCUUGUUUUCAGACCAUAAUUUGAGACUGUUACCUCUGAUUGCAAAUCUAAGUAAACAAACCAUCAUCUGAAGAGAAAAACUUGGUUCUUUUGAUUUUCAGCUACUGGAAGCUGCCAUAUACUUCUGAAAUGAGGAUUUGUCUUGAUCUAGUAAAGAUAGUCAAUUUUACAGUAUUCUCAAAACUGCUUGUCCUAUUAGCUAUUGUGUGAUCACAUUUGUACGGCUACCAAUUUCACAUUUUUUUAAUUAAUGGAAGUUUAUACAAUUGUUGUACGAGGAUGUCACUAUUGGCUAUCAUGUCAGAUAAAUGGAGAGCAUACAAGAGGGUUAUUUUCCAGCUGUUUACCAAGUCUGCAAGCUGUGAAAUACUGCAUUAAAUGUCUGUGUUUUUGUUGCUAUUGUGCUAAACCAAUAAAGGGAGUAAGUAAACUUG